AUGAGCAAGCUUGUACCAAAAGUCAACAGCUUGGACGAUGUCUAUGUCGGAGCAUCCGCGGGGGACUCCGUGCCAGCCGAACUCCGCCAUCGCUUCGAGAAUCUAGUCACCUUUUUCCAGACCAAGUACGGUGGGAGACCAGACUUUGUCUCAAGAAGUCCGGGCCGCGUCAACAUAAUUGGCGAGCAUAUUGACUACUCGCUCUAUGACUGUCUACCCACGGCUGUAACAGUCGAUGUACUAAUAGCGACCCGCGUGGUGAAGGACGACUCGACCGGCCAACCGACCAUCAAGAUCGCGAACAUAAACUCAACAAAGUAUCCUUCCAAAGUCUACACAAUACCAAGCUCUGGUGCAGUUGAAGUUGAUAAGGCACACCAUGCCUGGAGCAACUACUUCCUGGCCGGUCUGAAGGGUAGCUUACCGUAUUUACGCGAGAAACUAGGGGAAUCGUUCAAACCCCAGGGCAUGGAGAUUGUGGUAGAUGGAAACGUCCCAAGCGGCGGUGGUCUCUCGAGUAGCGCUGCCUUUGUUUGUGCCUCUGCGCUGGCCGUCAUGGCCGCGAACAACUAUGACAUUUCCAAACAGGACUUGUUGGAUCUCUGCAUCGUAUCCGAACGUGCUGUGGGAGUGUUUUCGGGUGGGAUGGAUCAAGCCGCAUCUAUCUUUUCCGAGAGGGGUUACCUGCUGUACUGCCAUUUUUUCCCCAAGUUUUCAGCUGAACACGUCCCUGUGCCGGUGUCGGAUCCUGAGGUUACCUUCCUGAUCGCACAAUCCUUCGUCACAUCGGAUAAGGCAGUCACAGCCCCAAUACAUUACAACUUGAGGGUGGUCGAGGUGACUCUUGCCACAGUCGUACUGGCGAAAAUGCACGACAUUGCCUUGAAUCCGGAUGAUUCGUCACUGGGAUUCUGUUUGCGCAACUUCCAAGAGGAGAUUAUGAAGAAAGAGGGUCGCAGGGACGAACCCAUGGCAGAUCAAAUAAAGUCCGUGAUUGAUAUCAUCAACACGAAACUCGACAAGGACAGUUAUACCUUGGAUGACAUUGCUCGGAUCCUAGGCAUAUCUGUCAGCCAACUGGAGACGCAGUAUCUGUCCAAAUUUCCCAUUCAAGCAGACUCGUUUAAGCUGAGACAACGAGCGCUACACGUUCUAGAGGAGGCUGAGCGUGUCCAUCAGUUCAAAGAUGUUCUAUCAACGUCUACAAAACUUGACCAAGAGAAGCUUUUGUUCCUGGGCGAUCUUAUGAACCGUACACAGGUCUCUUGCAAGGACGUGUACGAAUGCUCCUGUCCGGAGGUCGAUGACAUUUGCUCCAUUGCUCGCAAGGCCGGAGCGUAUGGCAGUCGCUUGACAGGUGCGGGUUGGGGUGGAUGCACUGUGCAUCUAGUGCCUCAGGAGAAAGUUGCGGCCGUCACCGAAGCAUUAAAGCAGGAAUAUUAUUUCAAGAAGUUUCCAGAUAUCAGCGAGGAGAAACUCCGCGAUGCUCUUGUGAUUUCGAAACCGAGCCAGGGGUCUUCGUUGAUUGUUGGGUCUGCGCUUGACUUUUGA